AUGGCGGAAUACAAACUCACUUACGAGUCUCAGCUGGAUGCCUUUCACCCCUCCUACCGCUGGGAAAGCCAUAGCCCAAGCGAAGACUGGAAAGCCAAAGCCCUCCGCGGACCUGCCCUUCCAGUCCUAGGCAAUGCAGUCGCCGGUGCCGUAGGCUCUGCCGUUUCCAAUGUCGUCGUUUACCCUCUCAGUGUCAUCGUUGCGCGAUUACAAACCCAACAAAGGGCGAAGGGCAAGAAAGAUGAUGACAGUAUUGAAGAGGAAGAGUAUACCAGUAUUCUCGACGCAGCAUACAAAAUCUACCUCGAUCAAGGUCUUGCAGGCCUCUAUCCCGGUCUCGCACAGGACACCUGCAAAUCAAUACUCGAUUCGUUCCUCUUCUUCCUUGCCUAUACAACCGUCCGACAGCGCCGUAUCGCCGCACGCCUUGGCCCUGCCCGCGCAGCAAAGACCAAGAAUAUUGUCCUUCCUAUCCUAGACGAACUUGUAAUCGGAAUUGUAGCAGGUGCUUUCUCGAAGCUAUUCACGACACCGCUAUCGAACAUCGUCACCAGAAAGCAGACUGCUGCGCGAAAGGGCUCCAGUGGAAAUGACCCAUCAACAGCGGAUAUCGCAGCACAAAUCAAAAAGGAGAAGGGUCUAGCUGGGUUCUGGUCAGGAUACUCGGCAUCAUUGAUCUUGACAUUGAACCCGUCGAUUACUCUCUUCUUGAAUGAGGUGUUCAAACGUGCACUUCUUCCGCGUGCGAAGAGAGAUAAACCGUCCGCCGUGGUAACAUUUUUGAUGGCUGCGUUGAGUAAAUCAGUGGCAUCAUCAAUUACCUAUCCAUUUUCGCUGGCGAAGACGCGUGCUCAGGCUAUGGCUGGUGAGUCGCAGAAGCCAGGCCAAGGGAAGACCAUUUUGUCUGCCCUUAUGCCUCAGAUUGUCUAUAAUGUUAUCGCUAUCGCGCGUGCGGAGGGUAUCCCCGCACUCUACGCCGGUCUGCCUGGUGAAGUUCUCAAGGGGUUCUUCUCGCACGGUUUCACUAUGCUAGCGAAGGACGCUGUGUAUGGCUCUAUUGUCAAGAGCUAUUAUAUCAUUCUGACGCUUCUGCGCCGCUACCCGUCGCCUGAGGAGCUGCUUGUGCGUGCUCGGGAACAGGCAGAGGAGUAUAGCGAGGUUGCACUUGAGGGAGCUCGUGAUCUCGCGGAGAGGGCCAAGGAAGGUGCCGAGGAAGUGUUGAACAAUCACUCCGGUAACGUAGCUGUGGACGCGACUUCGAAUGCUGCGGCUGCUGCUGGACAUGGUGUGGAUGCCUCGUCUGGGCUGAAGAUCUCGCCUGUGGCGGAAGAGAUCAAUGAGACUGCUGAAUUGGUGGGUGAUUAUGUUCAAGAUGAGGCCGCGGAAUGGAAGAGCUUCUACCAUUGGUUUUGGGAGAAGGAUCGAGGGCACAAGGUGUAA